AUGAGAAGAAUCAACACACUGUGUGGAGUUGUUGACAUACAAAAUAUAUUCUUCUCUGAAGUAAGCAUUGGGAUCUCAUUCAACAGUAUCCUCUUCCUCUUCCACAUCCUUCAGUUCAUUCUUGAGCGCAGGCUCCAGAUCACUGACCUAAUCAUCAGUCUCUUGGCCCUCAUCCACUUUUGUAUGCUAACAGUCAUGGGAUUCACAGCUGUUCAUAUCUUUGCAUCUCAGAAUGUGUGGAAUGACAUCAAAUGCAAAUUCCUUGCCCACUUGCACAGAUUUCUGAGAGGCCUCUCUCUUUCUGCUACCUGUCUUCUGAGUGUCCUCCAGGCCAUCACCCUUAGCCCCAGAAGCUUCUGUUUGGCAAAGUUCAAAAAAAAAUCCCCACAGCAUAGCCUGUGUUCCCUUCUUGUACCUUGGGUCUUCUAUAUGUCCUGUGGUGCUCAUUUCUCCUUCUCUGUUGUUGAUGACUACAACUUCUCUUCACAUGGUCUCAUAUUUGUCACUGAAUCCUGCAUUAUUUUACCCAUGAGUUAUAUAACCAGGCACUUAUUUUCUGUAUUGAAGAUAUUUUGGGAUGUGUCUUUCAUAGGUCUCAUGUCCCUCACCAGCGUGUACAUGGUAGCUCUCUUGUGCAGGUACAAGAAGCAGGCCUGGCAUCAACACAGCACCAGCCUUUCUCCAAAGGCAUCCCCAGAGCAAAGGGCCACUCAGACCAUUCUGGUGCUCAUGAGCUUGUUUAUGUUGAUGUACUGUAUGGACUGCAUCAUAUCUGCCUCCAGACUUCUGCAAAACAGUGACCCAAUCUGCCACAGUAUUCAGAUGAUGAUCUCUAAUAGCUAUGCCACCCUCAGCCCUUUGCUGUUAAUGGUUACUAAAAAACGAAUUAGUAGGUUUUUAAAGUCCUUGGUAGGAAGGACAGUAGACGCUUAA